AUGUUCUGCAUUUGCAUGACACUAACUGCGGAGAUUUCAAUGCUACUUUUGGCCAUGUCGUACGCGGCGCCGAUGUUGGAGAAGACUAUUGCACAACAGCAGCCCAUUGCUCCGAAAAAUGAAUGUGGAAGAUUAGGGCUUGGUUGUCAGGAAUUAGGUGGGAAUGCGAGAGGGGAGAGAAGGAAGGUGGUGACUGACGGCGUAGACGGGGCUUUAGGAGGGGGUGGAAUAUAA